AUGGCAUCACGUCCUUGGUGCGGUGUCUUCACUGCGAAGGGAGUGCCAGUAUAUCAGACUCUGCACUUGGCUGUACUCAUGUGUCUCCAGGUGAUACUGCAGAAUCUCUCUCUAGCUUAUUCUUCAGUCAUCUUCCACCAACUCGUGCGACUGCUUCUGACACCGCUUACCGCGCUCUUGAAUUAUCUUCUGUAUCGUUCAAGGAUUCCCACAGCAUCCAUCAUACCUCUGAUAAUGCUGUGUGCCGGUGUUGGGACCAUGUCAUACUACGACACAUUACCCCGGACAGACGGCAAAAUCACAGCGUCUUCGAAGGGUGCGGUGUUUGCCUUCACCGGCGUCGUUGCCAGUGCGUUAUAUACAGCAUUCGUUGGACGCUAUCACCGGAAAUUCGAAAUCAGCAGUGUUCAACUCCUAUUGAAUCAAGCUCCACUGAGCGCGGCGAUGCUUCUGUGCGUUGUCCCUUUUGCUGAGACGUUGCCAGCCACUGCUGGCCUCUCGACAUCAUUAUACGUCUCUAUCAUGGCAAGCGGUAUCCUUGCAUGUCUGGUGAAUCUCUCACAAUUCAUCAUCAUAGAUUCGGUUGGCCCUGUCAGCAGCACUGUCAUUGGACACUUGAAAACCUGUAUCAUUGUCGGGUUGGGAUGGGCCCUGAGCGAUCGGCCAAUUUCGAGGGGAUGCCUCGUCGGUAUCCUAAUGGCCCUGACAGGAAUGACCUUUGCUUGGCAGCCGCUGAAGAGCUGUGAUUCAUGUGCGAAUUGUUCGAAUGCGGCAGUUGAUAUGCCUGACGAAACCGUUGCAACGUACGAGGUGGUCACUCUCCUUGAGUGCCUGUCCUAA